CAGUGACUUGAAGCACCGCAAUCGCAAUCACACCGUCGGUCAAAGGUCGUUUUUCGAGGCGUACGACCGUCGCCGUUUUUUUCGUUUUUCAACGACAAGUACCGGUACAGCAACGACAGCAACAACAACAACUGAACCGUGUGCGAUGGAGUCUGCAGAGUCAGAGUCAAAGUCUUUGUGCUGGCUGUGGUGGUUGACCAACGCGGUCGUGUGUUGCGUGGGCGCGGCGGUCGUCGUCCGCCGGUUACUGGUACCGUGGACGUACUGGUUGGGCCGACGGGCCCUGUGCUGGUGCCGGUACGCCCUGUUCCGUGGCCACGGCGACAUCGAGCCCGGGCAACAGCGUGCCCCACCCGCUUGUCGGUGCUGCGGUGGCGUGAACUUUGAUGGCAUGGCUGGCAGCUGGGCGGUGGUGACUGGUUGCACCGACGGGAUCGGCAUGGAGUACGCGAUGCAGUUGGCCGACCGUGGAAUGAAUGUGGCGCUGGUCAGUCGGAACUUACACAAGUUGCUAGACGUAGCGCAGCACAUCGACGAACGACACGCGGGUCGAGUCAAGACUAAAAUCAUCGUAGCGGACUUCACGUCGUCCGGCGGCACCGUCCCGCUGUCGGGGACUUACGACGCGGUGCGCCGCGGACUUGGCCGCUUGGACGUGCGGCUGCUGGUGAACAACGCGGGCGUGGGUUACGCGCGACCCGAACGGCUGCUCGACCUGGCGCCCUGCUGUACGGGCACGUUACCCGAUCCGUGCCGCGACGUGGUCGAGUGCAACGCGCUGGCCACCGUGGCCAUGUGCCGCAUAGUCAUGCCACUGAUGGUCGUCGACGAUACGGACGACGACGAUGCCCGCGACGCCGACGAUGCGGAAGGAGACUACUGGCAGCGAUUGGAUGACACGGAAUACACGUCUCCUAAACGCGGAGGCGGAGGCGUCGUCAUAAACGUGUCGUCAGCAUCGGCCAAGCUGCCGUGUCCGCUGCUCAGCGUUUACGCUGCCACCAAGGCGUUUAUUGAAAAAUUUUCGGUGGAGCUGGCGGCCGAGUACGACGAAGAGAGCGCGAAAAAUCAGAUCGCGGUCCGGUGUCUGACGCCCGGGUUCGUGGCCACCAAGAUGAGCAAGAUCCGACCGACGUCCACCGGCGACACGGGCUGGACGUACGCGCCGGUACCGCGGUCGUACGCAAACCACUCGCUCCGGUCGUUGGACUGCCACUGCUUUUGCGGCCUGAAAGCACGAGAGCGAGCGCGGACUAACCGAAACAGCGAAGGCGAAUAUGGUAAGACAGACGAACCAAGAUGGUUAGCGAGAGUGGUCAGCGCCGUCUUCGACUCGCCGUCGUCGCCGCUGUCGGCCGGGCGGUCCGGCGUCACGACCACUGGUUACCCGUCGCACACGCUCAUGCUGAUGGUGGUGAACGUAGUCCGUUGGGUGUUCGGCGAUCAAUAUUUGUCUAGCGCCGCUGGCCGGAUGAUGUGCGGUAUGCGGAACCGGAUGGCAGCCAAGAUGCAAAAACAGACGUCUAGCGCCGAGUUCGAGAACCAAAGCCACGAGUCUGGUGUUAGUCACAACUAGAUACUUUCAACCACCGGUCGGCUAACUGUAUGCGGUGGAUGAAUAUAUUAUUAUGCACUGUCCGCGUACUUAAAUCUACACGAUAUCAAACAUAAUCAUACGUUUUAAAAUUACGUUUUAAAAGGCUAUUUUAAAGAGGGUUAUGAAAACAUUAUAUUUUCGGGGAGCCCGGAACCUAGACCAGCCCACAAAAUAUGGGCCCUCGUUAUCGAUAAAUAAAUAAUAAUGUACAAUA